CGCCCUCCGCCCCGGCCCCAGAAGCUCCGGUGGCCCUGCGCCCGCGCGACCCUUCGGGGGCUGGCGGCCGCGCAGUACCCAGCCGGGCUCCCCUGGGGCACCGACUGGCUCGUCACUCGGGACCGGCCCACCCGCUCGUCGUCUCCACCCCUUCGCCCUGGGGUGGACCCGGACCGGAAUCCACCACACCACCCCGAGGGUUGAAGUUCAUAGGCCUGGAGCAAUGGCGUCUCCACCACCGAUCCCUGUGGUGCCUGGUAACCGCUCAGGGGCAAGGGGUAGGGAACCUCCCGACCCUCCGCACCCAUCCAAGCAGCUGCCGGAGCUGAUCCGGAAGAAGCGAGAUGGAAGCCACCUGAGUGAGGCAGACAUCAGGGACUUUGUGCAUGCCGUGGUGGAUGGGAGCGCACAGGGCGCACAGAUCGGGGCCAUGCUGAUGGCCAUCCGGCUGCAAGGCAUGGAUCUGGAGGAGACUGCUCUGCUGACCCAGGCUCUGGCCAUGUCUGGACAGAAGCUGGAGUGGCCAGAGGCCUGGCAGCAGCAGCUUGUGGACAAACAUUCCACAGGGGGCGUGGGUGACAAGGUCAGCCUGGUCCUGGCACCUGCCCUGGCUGCUUGUGGCUGCAAGGUGCCAAUGAUCAGCGGACGUAGUCUGGGGCACACGGGGGGAACUUUGGAUAAGCUGGAGUCUGUUCCUGGGUUCAAUGUCAUCCAGAGCCCAGAGCAGAUGAAGUUGCUGUUGGAGCAAGUAGGCUGCUGCAUUGUGGGUCAGAGUGAGAAGUUGGUUCCAGCUGACGGAAUCCUAUAUGCUGCUCGAGAUGUGACAGCCACUGUGGACAGCCUCCCACUCAUCACAGCCUCCAUCCUCAGUAAGAAGGCCGUUGAGGGGCUGUCUGCUCUGGUAGUGGAUGUUAAGUUUGGUGAGGCUGCACUCUUCCCAGAUCCAAAGCAGGCAAGGGAGCUGGCAAGGACACUGGUUGGCGUCGGGGCAGGACUGGGGCUGCGGGUGGCCGCAGCCCUGACCGCCAUGGACAACCCCCUGGGGCGGAGCGUGGGCCAUUCCCUAGAGGUGGAGGAAGCGCUGCUGUGCUUAGAUGGUGCGGGGCCGCCAGAUCUGCGGGACCUGGUCACCAGGCUCGGCGGAGCCCUGCUCUGGCUCAGCGGGCAGGUGGAGGCCCAAUCCCAGGGCGCCGCUCGGGUGGCCCGGGCGCUGGACGACGGCUCGGCGCGAGGCCGUUUCCAGCUGAUGCUCGCGGCGCAGGGCGUGGACCCGGCGCUGGCGCAGGCGCUGUGCUCCGGAAGCCCCGCGCGCCGCCGCCAGCUACUCCCGUGCGCUCGGGAGCAGGAGGAGCUGCGCGCUCCCGCAGACGGUACGGUGGAGCGCAUCCGGGCACUGCCGCUGGCGCUGGUGCUGCGCGAGAUCGGGGCCGGGCGCAGCCGCGCCGGGGAGCCGCUCCGCCUGGGGGUGGGCGCCGAGCUGCUGGUGGACGUGGGCCAGAGGCUGCAGCGCGGGACGCCCUGGCUCCGAGUGCACCGGGACGGCGCCGCGCUCAGCAGCGCACAGCGCCGCGCCCUGCAGCGGGCGCUGGUGCUGUCCGACCGUGCGCCCUUCACAGCCCCCUCGCCCCUCGAGGAGCUCAUCCUGCCGACCUCCGUACAGCCCUGAAGCCGGAAGCCGCCGAGGCGAGGAUCAUCAGGUCCAUGUUGCUGCUGGCUAGAAGUUCCAAGAUUUGGCCCAGGCUCUCUCAGCUCAAGCCCCAACUCAUUCCUAGGACCUUGGGAGGUGAGGCCCUAGGUAUGAUGUCCAGAGCAUUGUCAGGGCA